GACGUCUUAGAGCUCCAUAUCCAUUCAGGCCCAGCGAUCAUAGCAGGCGUAUACGACGCACUCUCUACGAUACCUGGUUGUCGAAUAGCCGAACGGGGCGAGUUUACAAGGAGAGCCUUUGAAGCUGGGAAACUAGACUUGACUCAGGUCGAAGGGCUGCAAGACCUCAUCGACGCCGAGACAGAAGAGCAGCGCAAAUGGGCGCUUGGAGCGACACAGGGCACUGUUCGCGACGAAAUUGAGAAGCUGCGAGAUGAGAUUAUCGCGAGUUUGAUGCUCUGUGAGGCAGAGAUAGACUUUGGGGAUACAGAAGAUAUUGACAAGGACAAUAUUGAACAGGCACGAAACAGGGUCGCUUCUCUGCUAGAGAGAAUACAAGGGCACCUCAAAGACAGCAGAAGAGGAGAGAUAAUGCGUUCUGGGAUCAAGGUCGCGAUAUUUGGCGAGCCGAAUGCCGGCAAGAGCUCUCUAUUGAACUGGCUAGCCGCUAUUGUGACGCCUGUCCCCGGUACGACUCGUGACGUUUUGGAGGUGUCUCUCGAUGUCGAAGGCCUUCCUUUGAUUGUCUGUGACACUGCUGGACUUCGAGAAACUCAAGAUGUAGUGGAGAGUAUUGGGGUUGAGAGGGCCAUCAAUGCCGUUCGAGAUGCGGAUAUAGCCCUCUGUGUGGUAUCUAUUCCCGAGAUGGAACGACGUCAUUCUAAUCAGAGUGGCGGAGAAAGUUUACUCGCACAAUGGCCAGCCGAGAUCCAGGCUCUACUUACCGAACAGACGAUGGUGCUAUUCAACAAGGUUGAUCUUGCCGCGCGAUCGGCUCCACAGGACCAGCACCUGGCGCGAUCACUCGAGGGGGCUUGGGGCGCCGAGAUAAAGGCCAACUCGACCAGAAGUCCUACCCACUGGGCGGCGAGUGUGACGACGGGCGAGGGGAUGAAAGAGUUUAUCAAGGGGUUCUCGCAAGCCAUAAAAGAACGGUGCGUACUACCCUUUGGGGCUGAGGUUGGCGACCAAGUUAUCAGGGCCAGGGGGUUGGGUUGA